UUAUUUCCGAUCAUAGACGAUCUUUGUGUCGUGUCAUUUCGGUCAGAUCAUUAUCAGUGACACACGUUAUAGUUUUCGUGCCGUUACAAAAUCACCGGCGGCAUCUUUAAACUGUAGUUUAACAUUUUCAACAUUUUAUUUUGAAGAAGGUUUCCGGUGCUAACAGUUAGCUCCGAGGCUAACAGCUAGCUGCUCCGCUAACACGCGGUGUUUACAUCGGCUCUGCCUGGGUCAGGAAACUUCACCGAGUUCAGUUCAGUUUCAUUUCUGUACCGAGACAUUAGCAUGGCUGCUAGCGAGGAAACAGCCAGCCUGCCCACAGAGGAAGAGCUCCUAGUCCGGCAGGAGGAAGAGGAAGAAGAGGAGGAUGACCUGGAGCUAGCGUUAGCAAACAUGAGAUUGGAAGACCUGCUGCAGAAGGUGCAGGCUGUGCAGACGGACAGCACGACCGUAGAGUCGGGCGUCAACACGGAGCCGGACUGGGAGAGUCAGGUGGAGGCCAUGUUGGAGUACAGCUCCAGCCUGAUGGAGCGGUACGACAGUCUGAUGAAGAAGCAGGACGAAGAGGGGGAGGCGCACGAGAAACACAAACAACAAGUGCUGAAGAAGAAGGAGGAGGCCACCCGCCAGCACCAGGCUCUUCUGGAGAAACUGGAGUCUCUGCGAGUCAAACUGCAGCUGAACGACUCAAAAGCCACAAGGAAGAACUUCUUAGCCAAGAAACAGGAAAUGACAUCAGAGAAGAACAGAGUUGAGGAGGAGAGGAACAGGCUGGCCAAGGAGCUGGAGGAAAGUGAGAGGAAGCUCACGGCUCUCACGGAGGAGCAGAGCGAGGAGCAGCGGAGGUGGCAGGAGGAGCUGGACGAGCUGAGGCAGGAGAUGGAGCGAGUGAGGAAGGAGGCGCAGGAGGCCGAGCUGCUGGCCUUAAAGGACGAGAUCGUCGCCACGGAGAAGCAGAGGGAUGUCGCCAUGGCUCGCAUCGAGGCCUGGCUCAGUGAGGUGCGUCAGUACCUGAACACUCUCCGGGUGGAGUUCCCUCAGCAGUACCCUCACGAGAGGCAGAAGUGGGAGAAGAAGGAAGGUCUAGUCCGGAGGAGCCGGGAGGAGCUCCAGAGCCGCUUCCAGGAGGUUCUGCAGCAGCUGCAACAGGGCCGCGAGUUAGAGUCCCUGCCCAGGAUCAACAUGCCAUCCCUGCCGCAGCUCCCCAUGGCUGACCUGCGAUUCAACCAAGUGAUGCAGUCACUGGUCCGCCCCCAGUUCAUGCCCCCUCCUCCCACAGUUCCAAUGAACCGACCCCUCCAUCCCCCGAGACACCCACACUUUAUNAUGAGGGUGACUCCACCUCCCAGUCUCUCCCCAUCCCCUCCUGUUCAGCCCAUCUACCCUGUAGCUCCAUCCCCGCCUGCCCCCGCCGCUGCUGCCGCCGCUCCCUCUCCCACUCCUGCCACCUCUGCCCCUGCUGGCAAACUCGACAAGGUCCUGGAGAAGCUCGGAACCUGCUUCCCACAAUGCAACAAGGCUCAGCUGACCUCGCUGCUCCAGCAGGUGAAGAGCUCCCGCGGCACGCUGUCUGGCAUGUCCAUGGAGGAGCUCAUCGAGCAGGUCGGCUUCAAGCUGAUGCAAAACGAGCGAUCGGCCCCGGGGCCCAUCAGCCGGCCCACGCCCCCCGGCCCCAUCCAGAGGCCAACACCUCCCCCACAGAGAGUGCCAGCAGCAGCAGCGGCAGGUGGAGGUCAACCCGUCGGGGCUCGUAAACUGUGCCUCAUGUGUCAGAACCACGUGGAUCCAGAGAGCCGCCACCCGCUGAGCUGCUCACACACCAUCCACAGAGACUGCAUCAGAGUGUGGCUGCAGUCCAGCAAGAACAACUCAUGCCCCUUCUGCCCGGGGAAGUGACGCAGGAAAUGCCAACCAGACUGAUCAGGGCCGC